AUGGAUCUCUCAUCCCUCGAGGGCGCACCCAUGGUUAAUCCAAAAUUCAUUAUCCCGCCAGAUAUGACUCCUCCUCGUAUCCAUACACAGUCGCGUGCUUUGAGUCAACAUUUACUCUCAAAACCUCUGCCACCGAGACCUGCUUCAACGGACGCUAUCUCGCCAACACAGCAUUGUAACGGACUACAGGACUGGCGAGCUAAUCGCUCCACAACCAACGGUAAUAUAAGGCGGACUUCUGCCCGUAGACGUACGAGCAAUCUGCCGGAUGAACUGUCUCCCAACUGCGAUCCGCAAUAUGAAUACGACAUGGCCCCACGUAUACAACACAUUCCACAUCCUCCCGUACGACCACGGAGCUGUGUGCCCCUCACUUGGCUCGAAGAUGAAAAGAAAUGGAUUGUUGGAGAGAUAUAUAAGCCCCGCACACAUGAUUCUCGGCCCCAAGAUGAUACAGCGGCUUGUCGAUCACCACUCUCACCAAUUUCGCCCAUUUCACCAAUUACACCAUGGCAGGACGUGUUUCAACGUCUUGACGAGCACAUCGACUACAAUAAUCGCCUUUGUCGGGAGAAUCUGCUGAGCCAAACACAUGACCCAGCUCUAAGAGAUGAUCGGGUUUCCAACUGGGUUGAAACUACUCGAAGGAUGCAUGAGGAUCGGCAGAAUUGGGCGUGA